UGGGAAAAUGAAGACUGGAGUCUGUCGCCAUAUUGUUUGAUUCCGCAGAUUCACUGGAGCAGAAAGCAACAAACACUCUCAUUAAACAGGCUAAUAUUGAACAAUUACACAGGUAACCGUCAUAUAAGAUUACAUGAGGUCGUUGCAGACCGUACUGCAUUCUUAAGACCAUCUUUAGCGGUGUCAGUCGGAUUUAUUCGUGCAGAAUAUGGGUCGCUCCCGGAGCCGCAGCGCGUCCCGAUCCAAACACCAUAAACACAGCCGCAAACGGAGUCGCUCCAGAUCCAAAUCCAGCAAGAAAAGGAGCAGGUCAAAGGAACCGAAGCGGAGCAGAAGGUCCCGCUCGAGGUCAGGCAGCAGGAGGGACAGAGGUGGCUCACCCCCCGGCCGAACGGACAUGUUCGGCCGCACACUGGGCAAGAGAAACACCGACGAGAAACAGAAGAGAGAAGAGGAGGAGAGGAGAGCAGAGACAGAGAGACAAAGGAAGAUCCGUCAGCAGGAGAUUGAGGAGCGUCUGAUUGAGGAGGAAACGGCGAGGCGCGUGGAGGAGCUCGUGGCACGGCGUGUAGAGGAGGAGCUUGAGAAGCGGCGUGAUGAGAUCGAACAUGAGGUCUUGCGGCGGGUGGAGGAGGCAAAGCGCAUCAUGGAGGCACAGCUUUUGCAGGAGCUAGAGAGGCAGAGGCAGGCCGAACUGAACACCCAGAAAGCCAGAGAGGAGGAAGAAAAAUCCAAACGAGAGGAGCUGGAGAGAAUUUUGGAAGAAAACAACCGAAAGAUUGCUGAUGCUCAGGCUAAGCUGGCUGAGGAUCAGCUACGUAUAGUGGAAGAACAAAGGAAGAUCCACGAGGAACGCAUGAAGCUAGAGCAGGAGAGGCAGAAACAACAGAAAGAGGAACAGAGGAUGAUUCUGGGGAAGGGCAAGUCCCGACCUCGCCUCUCCUUCACUCUCAAAGCUACAGAGUGACUUCUCUUCUCUUCUCUUCUGAUGUGUGCUUCAUGUUGAAGUGAAUCAGAGUCCCAAAGAGAGGUCUGCCCUGUGCUCUCUGCCCACAUAAAUUACUCUUCGAAAACCCAGGAAAAUCUCACGCUUCAAAACCGGACUUGCAGGCACCACCACAGACUUGCAGAUCAGCUGCCGCCAUCUGCUUUUUUUUUUCAGUGUGUCGUAUUGAUAUUUGA